AUGCAAAAUGACGCGAGAUCUAAAAACCAAGACAACGCCUCCUUCAAUCACAAUAUGAGCAGCAGGCUUCAGGGCAAGAACGUUCUCAUCACUGGGGCAUCAUCCGGCAUUGGUGAAGCGUGUGCAAGGCACUUUGCGCAAGCAGGAUCGAACUUGGUGAGCUCCUUAGUCGAAAAAACAUUGCUGUCUGCGCGCCGCAAAGAUCGCCUGGACAAGCUGAAGCAGGAGCUAGAGGGGCGCCAUCCGAGCAUCAAGGUCUCGACAUAUGAGCUCGAUGUCCGCAGCCGGGCCAAGGUCCAGGAGACGGCCGCAAAAUUUGGUGAUGUUGAUGUGUUGGUCAACAACGCUGGCUUGGUAAUUGGGCUUGACAAGCUGGAGGAUAUUACUGAGGAGGCCAUGGAUACAAUGAUUGAUACAAAUGUCAAAGGUCUUGUCCACGUCACCCAGGCGGUACUUCCGGGGAUGCGAGCCAGGAACAAGGGACAUAUCAUCAACAUCGGAUCCGUGGCAGGGCAACAGGCAUACGCGAAUGGGUCGGUCUACUGUGCAUCCAAGGCUGCGGUGGCAUCGAUCUCGAGGGCCUUGCUGUAUGAAACAGUAGAUACACCCAUCCGUAUUUCCGAGAUCAAUCCAGGGAUGGUCGAAACAGAGUUCUCGGUAGUGCGGUUCAGAGGCGACAUGAACAAGGCCGACUCCGUGUACAAGGGACUACAGCCGCUGGACGGGAAUGACAUUGCAGAGACGGUCGUCUUUGUAGCCGGUCGACCAGACCAUGUCAAUAUAGCCGAGAUGUUGGUUUUCCCUACCAACCAGGCUGCAGCAACAACAGUGUACCGCAAGCCCUAG